CUGGGAUUGGUCGCGCUCUGUUGCGUCAUCAGAACGCGCUUCCCAGCUGAGAGCAUCAGGCGCAGUAAACUGACCUUCUCUGCGGCCUCGUCGCUCGUCCUGGAGUCAGACGAGGACCUUGAAUGUUUUUUUCAGCAGCGGUAUUUGAUUUUCUGAGUUAUAGUUUUAUUGUACAGACACACAGCCAUGCCCACAAAACUGGAUGCUCCCUCACUGCAGGAGCUGAACGUGGAUGAGAUCAAUGUGUCCUCUGCGGUGCUGAAGGCUGCUGCCCACCAUUAUGGCUCCCAGUGUGACAAACCCAACAAGGAGUUCAUGCUCUGCCGCUGGGAGGAGAAGGACCCCAGAAAGUGUCUAGAAGAAGGGAGGAAAGUCAACGAAUGUGCACUCAACUUCUUCAGACAAAUCAAGGGAAACUGUGCAGAGUCCUUCACAGAGUACUGGACCUGUCUGGAUUAUUCUAACUUGUCGGAACUGCGCCAUUGCCGUCAGAAGCAGCAAGCCUUCGACAGCUGCGUCCUUGAUAAGCUGGGGUGGCAGAGACCCGAGCUGGGAGACCUGUCUAAGGUGACCAAAGUGGAGACCCAGCGGGCCCUCCCCGAGAACCCCUACCAUUCUAGACCACGUCCUGAGCCCAACCCAGCCAUCGAGGGAAAACUGGAGCCUUCCAAGUAUGGCAGCAGGUUAUUCUUCUGGAACUGGUGAGGCAGCUCCAGUCGGUCACCAUCCAAAGCCAUGGGCUCUGUCCAAAAACAUCAAGACUACUUGUGACCAUUGACACAUCAGUUAUACUCCAAAAGGUUUAAUGCAGACUGCACCUUUUUUUUUUUUUUUAAUGUGUGAGGUCUGCGGGUUGGUUUUGGACAGGGCUCAUGUCCUAAUAGUCUCUUCAUCAGCUGUACCUCCAGCUUCGUCAAACACUUUGAUAAAGGCAGGACAAAUGGAUUGUGUGAACAAAGUCCAUGAAUCAUACAGCUUUCCUGACCACUUCUGUAAAUGUAAUAAGUGAACAAAUGCAACAUGCUGUUAUUGUUGCUGUCAAAUAAAAAGAUAAAUUAUAA